CGUCAACUCCCAGCAUCAACCAGACUCAAACAACCAUGGUCUGCGCAAAGUGCCAGAAAAAACUCAAAGCCACCGAGCUCGCCACGCCGGGCGUCAAGCGCAAGAAUGAUAUGUACUACGGCUCGCCGGCGACUACGCUAGGCGGGUCCUCGGCUGAUAAAGGGAAAAGCAAGCCAACGCUGGGCGCAACGGGUGUGGGCAAGAGUAAACUUCUCAGCGCAAAGGCUAAGAAUCCGUAUGCGGCUUAUUCUUCGUCUUGCGAGCAGUGCAAGACCAAGACUGAGCAGGGGAGGAAGUUUUGUCAGCGUUGUGCUUAUAAGAAGAAUGCUUGUCCAAUGUGUGGGAAGAACUUGGCUGGCAAGUCAGCCAAGGACCAGCCUGUCGUGCAGGGACAGAAGUUCAAUCUGAAGUAAUCAGUUCAUGGGGAGUUGACUUGGUGUGAUUUAUCGGGCAUUGUUUUCUACGGCAUGGCGCAUGGCGCUUGGAGUUUAGGACGGAGUACUCGAUGA